AUGUCCGACGUCGAAGCCAUCAAUUCCAAAAUCGCCGAGCUCGAGGCCGAAAUGGCCCGAACGCAAAAGAACAAGGCCACCAACUAUCACUUGGGUACGCUCAAAGCCAAGAUUGCCAAGCUCAAGUCGGAAUUGGUCAAUGGACCGGGUGGCAAGUCGGCGGGAACCAAGAAUGCGGAACGUGGAUUUGAUGUUUCCAAAUCAGGAGAUACGCGGAUCGGGCUUGUGGGAUUUCCUUCGGUGGGAAAGUCUACGCUCUUGACCAGUUUGACAGGAACUCGAUCCGAAGCUGCCGCCUACGAGUUUACUACCCUCACCUGUAUUCCAGGAACCAUGAAAUACAAGGGGGCCCGCAUUCAAGUUUUGGAUUUGCCCGGUAUCAUUGAAGGAGCCGCCGAAAACAAGGGUCGGGGGCGACAAGUCAUUGGUACGGCGCGGACGUGCAACCUGAUUUUGGUGGUUUUGGAUUCCGGCAAACCCGUGACCCACAAGAAAAUCAUUGAAGCCGAGCUCUUUAGUUUUGGGAUCCGCAUCAACCAAGAACCACCCAAUGUCAAAAUAGUCAAAAAGGAAGCCGGUGGCAUUGGAUAUCAAGAACAAGUCAUUCAGACCAAGGGAAUGAAUGUGGAAGUGGCCCGUUUGGUAUGUAAGGAGUACCGAAUCAGUUGUGCCGAAAUCAUAUUGCGAGAAGACAUUACGGUCGAUCAAUUCAUUGAUGUCAUUGAAGGGAACCGGGCGUACAUUCCGUGCCUCUAUUGCUUCAACAAGAUCGAUGCCAUUACGAUUGAAGAACUGGACAUUCUCGAUCAAUUGCCGAAUUAUGUGCCCAUUUCAUCGCAACACUCGUGGAAUUUGGAUGAAUUGAUGGAAGAAAUAUGGAAUCGUUGUAAUAUGCUUCGAAUCUACACCAAACCACAAGGCCAAAUGCCGGAUUAUGACGAUCCCGUCAUUCUUCAUGCAGAAGGACCUUCCAUUGAAGAAUUCUGCAAUCGACUGCACAAGGGAAUCAUGGCGCAAUUCAAUUUCGCAUGGGUUUGGGGAAAGUCGGCCAAGCAUCAACCGCAACGUUGUGGUAAGGAUCAUAUAUUGUGUGAUGAGGAUAUUGUCCAAAUUGUAAAGAAAGGAUAA